AAUGUUGCAGUUGAUUAGAUGUUAGACUUGGAAACAAACGUAACGUUGACUUAACGUUACACCGUGAAAUAUUUCGUUCCGACACCAAUGUCUGUGUUUAGUCAGAUUAUACCACCAAAGAUCUGUAAUCAUCCACAACCGCGUCUCUUUACCUCUUGGCAAGAGGCUGGUUAACGUUAACUUGACGUUAGCGUGAAUUUCCCUCCGCGUUUUAACGUUAGUUUCAGCUACUUUUGAUUUUUUUUUUGAUUUUUUUUUUUUUAAACCUUCUUUAAUGUUGUAAAUAUUCAGUGCGGGUGUAAAUAUCACGAUCGGCAGCAAUUAGCAAAGCGUUUAACGCGUAAUCCCGAUCAUUUGCAUCACAACGGCUGGUUUUCAGAUACAAGCGCCACUUGUUGGGAAGCUGUGAUUGUUUCUCGCUUCAUCGGACUCCGUAGAAACACACUGCGGACGCUUUGUUGACUUCGUCCCCCCCAACCCCCCCUAACCAACCAGGCAUGUACCGCUAAACAAGCAGCUCUCAGGUCAUCGUGCCAGCUGUCAUGGCUGUCUGACAGGCUGCCAAAGCCCCCUUCAUGGAUCACAGAGCACGCAAAGACAAACCUCUGCAUCUGUGAGCGUAGCCCACAACGAGGGAGUCCGACCCGCGGGCGCAUCAUCGGGCUGACGGCGGCGCGCGUGGCCUCCUGAGUGGUUCACAGACAUCGGCCGGGCGGACCGCGGGCCUCUCGCUAUGCUCUUCAAACGGAGAGACGCCCGCCGCGGGGACGCCGGGAGGAGCACGCUUCUCUGGUGGAGGACUUUCCCUCUGGCGAUCAUGCUCCUGGCGACCACGGCCCCCGGCGCCGCGCCACAACAGCAAGACAAGGAGGCGGAGCUGAUGUCCGUGCAGCUGGAGGCGUCCAUGCAGUCCUCCGUGCUCUCUGAGCUCCGCGCCGCGGCGUCCUCGGCCUCUGAGGGAACGCCGGCGGCCGUCCCAGACUCCCCUGCAAAGCCCCGGGGAGUUCACACCGGCAUCCCCGACUCCUCGGCCAUCGCAGGCCAGGUGUUCCAGCUGCAGGUUCCGCCAGGACCGGCCAAUGCCACCUGUAACGUGCACCUGACUGAAAUGGGAAAGCAGACUUUACCUCACUGGCUUUAUUGGGACAAGGCGAGCUGCGCUGUGAGGGGCCUGGCCCUGGAGCAGGAUAAAGGUGUGUACCACAUCUUGGUGUCUGGGGAGGAGAUGAUCGACCAUGUGUUCCCCAGUACGGUGUUCUCCAUUGAGGUGCACCCGGAAGAGCGCGCAGACAGCGAGCCCGCCCUGCUCGCGCUGCCGUCCGACAGCGGCGGCGUCCAGCCGUUCACCUGCGGCUCCGAGGAGCUCGUCACCGUCCUCACCGUUAUCCUGGACGCCGACUUGACGAAGAUGGGGGCCGAGCAGAGGGUCAACCUGCUGGCCGUCAUGAGGAAAUUCUCUCACGUGCCCCUGGAGCACAUGAGGGUGGUCCCCGUUGUAAACAACCGCUUGUUUGACAUGUCCGCUUUCAUGGCCGGGCCGGGGAACGCCAAGAAGGUGGUGGAAAACGGGGCGCUCGUUUCAUGGAAGCUGGGCUGCGGCCUCGACCAGGGCAGCAUCCCCGACAUAGACAGCGUCCAGUCCUCGGCCAAGAACGGGACCAUGUCGGCCCGGCUGGGCUACCCGGCGGUCGGCUGGCACAUCGUGAACAAAAAGCCCCACAGCGUGAAACGGGUCAGGCGCCAGUUGUACAACACUCCAACGCCGGUGCCCUCCCUGCUCCCUCCCACUUCUCACCCGGAGCCCCCUGUGCGCGUGGUUCCCACGCCAACUUCGCCCUCUAUCGCCAUAGCAACAGAGAACUCUGCUCCCCCCGUCCGGGGUCCCCUGCUUGUCCCCGUGAAGCCGACUAUGAGGGUCAGGGAUCAGGUAGCCCACACGCCUGUAGUCGGGCCUCCCCAGCCCACCAGGGUACUGGGAACCACAAGCACCAUCCCUAUUCAGCCCACCAUGACCCGGCCCACCUUUGUGGAGGCCACCGCUUUGCCGACACCCCCGGGUACCACCAAAAGACCCAAACCCACUGCGACGAGGAAACCCAAGAAAAUCAAGACCACCACUCCGGCCCCCCGGGAGCCCAAGUCCACCACACCCAAACCGCCCAAACGCACCACCCCGCCCACCCUGCUCCCUCCGGACCAGAAUCAGAACCCGGAGAUCCGCAACGCCGUUGAUCAGGUGAACGCGUGGGUUGGAACGUACUUCGAGGUUAAGAUCCCUCCGGAUACCUUCUACGACAAGGAGGACGGCACCACGGACAAGCUGCGUUUGACUUUGAAGAAGACCCCCAAGGAAGCCGUGAACGAAACCUCUUGGAUUCAGUUCAACAGCACCAUCCAGCUGCUGUACGGCCUCCCGGAGGAGCAGCACCAGGGGAAGCACGAGUACUUCAUGUUGGCCACGGACAAGGGCGGCAAGAGCAUCAUGGACGCAUUCGAGGUUCAGGUCAACGGCUGGUCUGCUAGCGACAAACCGUCCGUGGUGUUUGCCGCCCGUUUCCACGGUGACCCCAAAGCGUUAAGCAAUGACAUCCACAAGAAGAUUCUUUUGACCAAAAAGUUAGCGUACGCCCUCGGUGAUCGCAACAGCAGCACGGUGACCCUCCGGAGCAUCACCGCCGGCUCUGUUGUGGUGGAAUGGACCAACAACAGCCUCCAGCAGAGCCCCUGCCCAAAGGAGCAGAUCUCAGUCCUCAGCAACAGGAUCUCCGACCCCCAGGGGAAGCCCAAAAUGGCCUUCUCCAAAGCCAUGGAGCCCGACUUCAGACCCAUCAACAUCUCCGUGCGCGGCACCCAUAAAUGCCAGAGCUACACGUUCGUCCCGCCAGGAGAGGUGGCCAUGCCCGCGCUUCCCACGGCCUCGCCCUCGCCCGGGACGGGCCGGCGGAACAGCGACGACGUUUACCUCCACACCGUCAUUCCCGCCGUGGUGGUGGCCGCCCUGCUGCUCAUCGCCGGGGUCAUCGCCAUGGUCUGCUACCGCAAGAAGCGCAGAGGGAAGAUGACCAUAGAGGAGCAGGCCACCUUCAUCAAGAAAGGCGUCCCCAUAAUCUUCGCAGACGAGUUGGACGACUCCAAGUCGCCCCCGUCCUCCAGCAUCCCACUGAUCCUUCAGGAGGAAAAGCCCCCGCUGCCCCCUCCGGAGUACCCCAACAUGGCCGGCCCGCACAGCACCCUGCUGAACCAGGAUCUGCUGGAGGAGUAUUCGAUUUAUCAAGAUGACGAUCCUAACGCUCCUCCUUACCAGCCCCCGCCGCCGUUUACUGUCCCCAUAGAAGGCAAGGGCUCCCGGCCCAAGAACAUGACCUCCUACAGGUCCCCACCCCCCUACGUGCCCCCCUAACGCAUGCCCCUCUUUCAGUUUGGAAAGCAGGUACAAUGUAGGGACGCUUGUUGAGAAGUACGACCCGAGUGAUUCCACACGAGUUCAGUUCUGAAAUGUGUCUGACUUUGUAGAGCAGGCAAACAUCUCCACGUAUUCCCAUCAUGGAUAAGACACUCAUCGUACUACUGGCGGCACGGGGCAAGUGGAUGGGGGACAGUUUGUAUUUCUCUUUUUGUCCGUAUCUGCUUUUGACUUCUCACUUUUUUUUUUUUUUUUUUUGCCAAGAAGAGUCACUUUUAUCUUCAAUGAUGUACUAUUUCUAUUGUAUAGAAAAUAAUAAAGAAGCAGGAGAGACUGAAGCCCGCCGGGCCUUUGAGCAGAUGUCACCAUGACAACAGACCUGAGGCUCCCCCUCACAAUGUUAAUCUUUAUGAGUUCUAUAUCACUCUUAUCUGUCUUUCGGCCUGGUUUACUAAGAUUUUGCACCUGUUAUUUCCAGAGGGGAAUAAAUAACUGAAAGCAUGAAACUUUCUUUACACGAAUCCGUUGUGUGUUGGACGUUGAUCCCUCCCUUUUUCUCUCUGCUUUGCUCCCUCUUGACAAUAACAUGCAACCUUGCACUUAUGCAAUUUCUUGUUAAACCUUGCACUACGUGAGCACAGCGAGUGGUAGUCCAAUAAGGAGAUAAGAUGUUCUUUUAGCAUCCUUGAGCUCGGCCCGAGGUUCUGGUACCGGAUCACAGGACGGAUCACGCCUGUGCUGGAUGGAGCCCGAUGAAGGUACAAAAACAAAUAGACUUUUUUUUUUUUCCCCUUUUUUAAAUGCGUAUGUGCCACUAAACCUGUCUGUGAGACGACUGGUUUUGCUGUUGCCACGGUUACGUCUGUGGUCACAAGGCAAACUGUGGGGUUGCUGCAACAAUAAUGAAGGGGGCCAAUGGAAUGCUGUGGUUCACAGCAGGGUGACGAUUGGGGACACAGUGAAGGAGGUGGAUCCUCGGUCUUAUUAAUCAGUAGGUGUGUGUGGGGGGGCGGCGGCGGCCUAGAGGACUUCGUUAUGGCCGCCCUGCCUCUCGCUGUCUGGUGCUCUGCCCGUCAUCAGUCGGGACGAGGGGAUGUACAUAAUUGCGUGCCUGUGAAAUGAAUCAACUCCAUUAUGUCAGUGUCAUAAGUCGACCUAGUCGGGAGAGAUGGGGGGGGGGGGGUGCUGAGUGGGAAAAUGAUUUUAUUUUUUAAUUGUAUGUCUAGAUUUAUGAUCACAAUCAUUUGGGUGGAAAAAACGACUUUAUAGUUUGCUGGUACAAAAGAAUCCACGACUCAUCACAAAAGAAUAAUCAUCUCAAUACGAACAAAGAAUCAACAUGUGAAUUAUGUACAUUUCAUAUCCGAUAUCACCAUAAGAAAAAAUGGUUAAAAUCUAAUGUUUUUACUGAGUUUUUGAUACAGUCUUAAACUUGUUUUAUGAAAAUAUAUUAAUAAAAUGUAAUACUAUUUGUAAAGCCUCAA